UACGGAUCGAACCUGAUCGCCAAAUUGUUAAAUAUAUUGAAAACGAAUCUAAACUGACGUGCGUGGUUCACACGGGUGGUACGCGUCGCCGAAUCAGGCCGCGCGAGUAUAAAAUGGGUCGCACUCUCGACAGUUUUUGAGCAGCAACGAGCUAGAUCAAACACAAAUCACCGAGCAAUCAUCUCUCCGUGUGUGCUAGCUGCUAAUUCUCUAAUCGAUCAUGGGUGGAGGCCACGACAUGCACGGCGGCCACAACGGCGGCGUGAAGGGCUUCGUGUCCGGCCUCGUUAACGGCGGGAAAGGCCACGGCUACGGAUCGUCAUACGGCCAGGGGCACGGCUACGGCGGUGGCCACGUGCAGGGCUACCAGCAGGGCUACGGCGGCCAUGGACAGAGCUACGAGCACGGGUACGGCGGACAUGCGCAGCACGGGCACGGCGGCUACGAGCACGGGUACGGCGGCGGACAUGCGCAGCACGGCCAUGGCCACGAGCACGGGUACGGCGGGCACGUGCAGCAGCACGGAUACGGCGGCGGCCACGCGCAGCUCGGGUACCCUCCUGCUGCCGGCGCCUACCCUCCGCACGGCGGCUAUCAGGCGCACGGCUACGCGCCGGCGGCUUACCCUUCUCACGGGGAGCACCACGGUCACAUGGGAUCGUACCACACCGGGCAUGGCAGCGGGCACCAUCACGGCGGCAAGUACCAUGGCGGCAAGCACGGCGGCAAGUACCAUGGCGGCAAGCACGGCAGUAGGUGGUGAAGUACUGAAGUGGCUAGCUGCAGCCAUUGCUCGCGCGCUCUACGACGGCCACGUACCUGUGCGCCCCCGUGGCCAGUCUUCAUCAUCUGCCUUAGUUGAUUCACCAUGAUCCGUUGUAGCCACGAAUAACGUCUUACAUUACUGGAACGGAGGGAGUAUAUUAUACUAUACUACCUAAAUAAAAAGCUACGCGUACAUGGACAUGAUGUGUGGUAUGUAAUGAUUCUUGUACCUUACAAAAAUGUAAUAUUCUCUGUAAUGGCGUAA